CUCACUUCUCUUCUAUUACAAUCCCUCCCCUUCCUUUUCCCUACUUUACUUGAACCAAAUACCCUAAUAAGUCUGAAAUUUGAAGCGCUAAAGCGAAGAUUUGGGAGAAAUUAACUUGGCAAGCUAUGGCGGCGGCGUCAGCUCGAGUAGAGAUAGAAAAGAUGCCGAUCGAGCAAUUGAAGGGAUUGAAAGAGCAAGCCGAUCUGGAGGUAAAUCUGUUUCAGGACAGCCUCAACAACAUUCGCACUGCCACUGCCCGCCUUGAGCUCGCAUCCGCCGCCCUUCACGACCUCUCCCUCCGCCCUCAAGGGAAGAAAAUGCUGGUGCCAUUAACAGCGUCGCUUUAUGUGCCGGGUAUGCUGGACGACUCGGAGAAAGUCUUGGUCGAUGUGGGCACUGGCUAUUUCAUUGAGAAAAAUAUGACAGAAGGUAAAGAUUAUUGUGAGCGUAAAAUUUCAUUGCUCCAGUCCAAUUAUGAUCAACUUCUUGAGACAUAUGAAGAAGAUAGAGUGAAGAAGAUAGAUAGGGGAAAAGAAGGGAAAAAGAGAAUUGUUUUACAAUAUUUAUAUACUUAUAGUUUGCUACACUCUUACUUCGAUUACCUACAGGUGGCUGCGAAGAAGAAAAGUAUAGCUGAUGAGGCUGGGGCGGUUCUACAAGCAAAAUUGAAGCACUUGACUUCCGCACAGUAACUACUCGUAAUUCAUUGGUAAUAAUUAGUGGCUAUUUUGUGUUAGAAGGGUGAAUUUUGUGGCAGUGAAACAAUGUAUUGGGCGCUGGAUACUCCGUACCGUGAGAUAUGAAGUUAAUGUGAUCUUCUGUUCCAUUUUGUAUACAAUCAUUUGUUUUGCCAAGUUUAAUUGAUUUUAUGGGUAUGUUUGGUAAAACUCAUGAAAAACUAAUUGAUAGCUGAUAAAUUAAUUGAUAGCUC